CAGCCGUCCGAGACAAGGACUGGGUGGCAGAAGAUCUGUGUUUGAAUCCCAGCUCGACCAGCGUGACUGUCAUGUAACUCGCUCACAGCCAGCUCUAUACAGCACCUGCCUCUGCACAAGAGAGGGCAAGCCUGUAGAACAGUAACAAUUGUGCUGCAGUAAAUGGCCAGCCUGAGUGGCGUGCAGCCUCCUUGGUGCAGCUGCUGCUUCCUGUAUGAUGGCUCAAAGGUGAAGGGUGAGGGGGAUCUGACCAGAGCUGGAAUCUGUUACUUCUACCCAUCUCAGACAGUUCUUGACCAGCAGGAGGUGCUGUGUGGUCAGAUCGCUGGGGUGGUGCGGUGCAUCUCUGAUCUCUCUCGUUCCCUGCCCCGCCUCAUCCGGCUCCACAAGACCAAAUUCGCUAUCCAGCUCGACGGGGACUUCCUCUGGGCACUGGGCUGUGUGACGGAAGUCCCUGACGUCAGCUGCUCUCGAUUCCUGGAUCAGCUUGUCAGGCUCUUCAGGUUCUAUCAGGGCUCGGUGCGACAGGCAUACCAGGUAAAGAGGUUUCCCCAGAUUGGAUCCCGGGAGGAGCUGUCCAGAGAUUGGGAGCUGUAUCUGGAGCAUCUCCAGCAGGGCAGCACAGAGCUCCACCAGGUCUUCAGCUCCCUGCACACCAUUGACCGCACCGAGGUCGACCCUCUGCUGCUCCUCAAGGCUGCCCUCAUCCUGCAGGCCUGCCAGCGCUGCCCCCUAGUGUUGGCUGGGUGUAUGCUGUACAAGGGACGUGUGGUCAGCACACAACUUCCCCCUGAGCUCACAGCCAAAGUGCUGGUCUGGAAGACUGAUGCCAGCAGUGAGGCUGACAAGGAGGGGGAGAGAGACCCAAAAAACUGGGACUUGAAUACAGGUGCGGGUAACAGCUCUGACCCAGAGAGGGAGUCUGUUCCCCACUCUGGACCCAGCAUUGAGAACUGCGCCAUCCGGUCCGAACCCCUGCUUCAGAGUAAUGGGCACGCUGAGUUCACAGCGGGAGCCAACGGCACUCCUCCACCUUCCCAGGAUGCACCAACACCAGGGCAGCAUGAUGCGAGUGUCCCAACAGAGGAGGGGGAGUGCAGUGCGAGCUGGGACUGGGUCACGGCUCUGGAGGAGGGCAGCCCCCCAGGGGACCCCCUGGCGGAGGUGAAGCUGUACCUGCACAGGGUGAAGGGGCUGGUCCUUUCCCUGCUGGUGGAGCGCUCCUUCCCGGGAGACCAGGAGGCAGUGGAGGCCGUGUAUCACAGCAGCCUGGCCUCUCUGAACGGUCUGGAGGUGCACCUGAGGGAGAUGCUGUCUGAAGAGCUUCCUGCCUCGAGGGGAGCCUACAGCUUCACACACUACGACUGCAUCCAGAACACCCUCACCACCAACGUGUCCUAGAGCAGCGGGGGUCCCCAAGAACGCAGCUUCGUCCGCGCCACCUCCCUCCUGCACUCGGACUUCACAAGCUGCCCGUCCCUGCACGAGGGCAUCGUCCGGAAUGCCUCCACGGCGGUGUAUGGGACCCGCAACACAUCCCAAGAGACCUUCUUCCAGCAGCUGGCAUCUCCACCGAGAAACUCAGGUGUCCCCAACCCCCAGGACCGCGCCUUCGCUCUGCAGGGGAAAGCCAAGCAGAAGCUGCUAAAGCACGGGGUCAACCUGCUGUGAGCGAGGGAACGAAUCACACUGCAGCAACCUGGACCUGAGACUCCUGUGAGCCAGGGAGCACAGUAACAAACACAGAACUUGCUGAGAGAGGAGAGACGAGCUGUCCUGAAUAGCUGCUGUGAGACGGGAGGGGUCUGUUCCUGGUGAAGACAGUGCCAGAACCAGUAUCGCUGCCCACUGCAUCCCAUCAGAGAGAAACCCCUCUUCGGCUUUCUUAUAAACUGACCAGCACUGACCACAGCAAUGCUGUUCUUGCCUUUUUAUUUUUUAUAAAGUCAAUCACAGGUAUUAUAUAGACAGACAGACACUCUGUCCUGACAAUCAAUAAAUAUUUGAUUUGGAACACUACAUUACAAGGCUCAGGCUUCAUCUCCCUGCAACAGCAGCGGUUUGUAUUCAUUAGGGCUCUGUUGAGUACCGAGUUGUCACUGUGUGCAGGACGUCAGUGGAUAGAAAGGUUAUUAAUGCAGAGAUCAGUCGAAGGCCUCUCUAGCACGGCAGGUUCCGAUCAGGCACUGAUGCACACAGCAUAGUGUAGGUAUAUUCAAAUCCCUGAGCUGCUGCAAUCCAGCUUUCCCCUUAACAUCUCAAUGCCCUGGUUUACCACACUGAGGAAAUAACCCUGUAACAUGGCUGUGCAAUUAUUAGUAUGAUGUAAUUGUUUUAUUGCUGAAGUCCGGAUCAUGUAGCUAAUAUUGCACACAGACUCUUGUAAUGCAGUUCUUUGCAUUGCUGGGUGCACGACCGGGAUCAGUUUCCCAAACAUCCCAUCAUUGAUCACAGUUGAUGAACACAGAAGCGCAGCGCUGUAACACUGGAGCGCAGAUCACAUGUCUGUUCUUUAUCAUUGAAAGAGAGCGUGGCUUUGUUUUUAACAUUGCUCUUUUUCAAUAGUAAAGAAUGACGAAUGGGAAUGUGAUCUGCUUUUUUAUGCUGCAGCGUCUCUAUGGCUUCUGUCCUGUGGAUAAGGAGCUCUCCUGGGCGGGUUUGCGCGCAGCGGUAUUGCUUAAUUUUACAGUUAAGUAUUUGGACACUUUGAGAUUAUUUAUUUGAAAUGCGCAUAAUGUGCUGACGUAAUAACGUUCGGGAAAGGUGACCCUAUUUGAACAGAAGCACCUUGUGGCUAUGUGCUAAAAGCACGAAGUGUAACAUUAACACCUUCCAGCGCAGCGUGCAAGCAUUGAUCUCGCUCGCCUGCAGGUAUACCUUAGAUUUGAGAUGGAUUGUUCCUGAUUUUUAAUAACAGGCAUACCGUAUAGAAGUAAAGUAAAUACAAUUGAAUGAAAGAAGAUUUUCCGCCACAACAUCAGUGCUCAUGCCUAAAGAAUAUAGAAGAGUUUGUUUAGUGUGUGAUCAGUCCCGUCUCUGCAAAUAGCAACAAUGAAGCGAGGCGGGCGUGGCUGCUUUACCAUUGCUAAGAACCCUCUAGAGGCAUUCUUUAAAUAUCUCAAUCCAAACGUUAUAUAUUUAACCCCAUAGUGCACUUAGAACUACUGCUUUGGAAAUUCGCAUUUGCUACAUCGCUUUGUUGCAG